CUCUGUCGUGCUCGAGGGGGAGCGGGGAGGAGGGCGACUGCCUCGCCGCCGGCCGGGAGCCGCCCGCGGGCGCGGAGCCAGCCAUGGAUUUCCGGAAUAUCCUCGUGGUGGCCUCGGAGCAGCAGGGGCUGAACUCGGUGCCGAAAAGAUACAGUUUGGCUGUUGGUCCUCCCAAAAAGGUUCCAAAAGUCAAGGGUGUAGAAUCUGCAGCAGUACAAGCGUUUCUCAGACGGAAAGAAGAAGAAAAAAGGAAAAAAGCACUGGAAGAAAAAAGAAGGAAAGAACAACUCUUGGCUAGGCGCAUUGAACUGAAACAUGACAGAAAAGCAAGAGCUAUGGCUUCGCGAACGAAGGAUAACUUUUAUGGCUAUAAUGGCAUUCCUGUUGAAGAAAAGCCUAGAAAGAGGAGGACCUCCGAGAAUGUUGCUCAGGUUGCAGAAGCUGAGUGCACAACAGAAGAUGAAACUGAACAAUUUGAAUACAGUCAGACUGAAUCUGAGCAUGAGCAAGAGGAGUAUGAAGAGAAACCAGCCAAAGCUGCAGUGAAACCAAAGGCACCUCCCAAAAAUGCACCAGCACCUCUGAACUUCACAGAUCUUCUAAGGCUUGCUGAAAAAAAACAGUAUGAACCAGUGGAAAUAAAAGUAGUGAAAAAGGUAGAAGAGAGACCUAGGACAGCAGAGGAAUUGAGAGAGAGAGAAUAUUUAGAGCGCAAAAACAAAAGAACGGAACUGCAGAAAAAGAAAAACGAGAAAGAGAUUAGGAAUACAGGUGUAUCCGGUUCUUCAAAAAAAGUGAAUUCUCAGAAAGAAUCUGUAAAUACAAAACUUAACAAAAGCUCAAUAGAUAAACAUUCCUCUAUAAAAGGCAGCCUGUCUUCUGUGAGCAGUGCUGAUAAGAAAUCCAAAGCACCAGCAUUGACUGAAAAACACUCACGCUCAUCAUCUUCCAAAUUUAGUCAAAUGGAAAAAAAUAAAACCUCACAAAAUGACUCCUUAAAAAGCUCUGCUGGUAGCCAUCUUAGUAAAUUAUCUGUCAAUAGCAUAGGAAGAUCUGGCUCAAGCACUCAAGCACCACCCUCAAAAGCAACAGCCACUGGGGCUCAGAGGCUACCAUCUGCUAAAGAAUCUAACCUGAAAAAGUCUGCCCACACCAAACUGGGAAAUGCUGCAGCCCUUCACCAUGAAAUUAACUCCAAUGCAAAGCGGUCAGGUAGCAGUUUAGGAAAAGGAGGACCUGGACAUCCAGGAGGUGGUUCAAGUACAGGACCUGGGCAAUCAAGCAGCAGCUCUGGUGCGGGACCUGGGCGGCCAGGAAGUGGUUCGACCGCAGGACAUGGGCGACUGGGCAGCAGCUCAGCUGCAGGACCUGGAAGGCUGGGCGUCAGUUCAAGCAUGGGACCUGGGCGCCUGGGCAGUGGCUCAGGCAUGGGACCUGGAAGGCCAGCUGGCAGCUCGAGCAUGGGACCUGGGCGACAAGGCAGCAGCUCAAGCAUGGUGCCUGGGCGAGCCAGCAGCAGCUUGAGCACUGGUCCAGGGAGGCCAGGCGUCAGCACAAAUGCAGGACUUGGGAGAGCUGGCAGCAGCUUGGGCACUGGUCCAGGAAGGCCAGGUGUCAGCACAAACACAGGACCUGGGCGACCAGGCAGUGGUUUGGGUAUGGGACCAGGAAGGCCAGGUGUCAGUCCAAGCACAGGACCUGGACGACCAGGCAGCGGCUUGGGUACAGCUGUAAAACCUAAGUGUACUGUUGUAUCAGAAACAAUUUCUUCUAAAAAUCUAGUCACAAGGCCUAGCAACGGACAGAUUAAUGGAAUGAGACCUUUCCAAGGGCCUAGACCAGUGUUUCAUCCACAAGGUCUUGGAAGACCUUCUCUCCCACCCAUUAGUUACAAAAGGCAGAUAGAAGAUGAUGAUGAUGAUGAAUACGACUCUGAAAUGGAUGAUUUCAUUGAAGAUGAAGGAGAACCCCAAGAAGAAAUAUCAAAGCAUAUUCGGGAAAUAUUUGGAUAUGACCGGAAAAGAUACAAAGAUGAAAGUGAUUAUGCCUUACGUUAUAUGGAGAGCAGCUGGAGAGAGCAACAGAAAGAAGAAGCUAGAAGCUUGAGACUUGGUGUUCAAGAGGACUUAGAAGAAAUGAAACGGGAAGAAGAGGAAUUGAAACGCAAGAGACAGUCAAAGAAGCUGAGGACACGUUAACAAACUUAAAAUGGUGUUGAUUUUGCUCAUUUUUGCUACCCGCUGCCUCCAUACAUCUCUUACUCUAUUUCAGUUUCCAUUUGCUUGCUAGAGGGCAAAAGAAUGUGUAAAGGGAUGAUAAUACUGAAAAGCAAGGCUUUAGUUUGACAUAAAUAAGAUAUUUAUUUUUAAUACUUGCCAGGGUUUAUUUUUUUUAUAUGAAGAAAUUAGUGCACUAAUGCAUAUUAAGAGGAAGAAAAAUCAGUAAAGAUUUCCAUUGAUGAAAUCAGUUGUUCAAAAUGCCAGCAGAAAUACUGACUAGCUAUGCACUGACUUGCAACUGUGUGGACCCAUAGACCAGUAAACCAGUUUUGCAUUCACUUCAAAAAGAGUAACAUUCUUGUUCCCUGAUAUUUUUUGAGAUGUAAAGAAAUUGUUUUAUAUCCUGUUCUCAGUCUGAGUUGAGAUCCCUCAAAGUAUUGAAAUAAUAUUUUCUGUAUAGAAAUGGCUUGGGUGAGUGUAAAUUUCAGCUAUUGCCACAGAUGUUCAAAGCAAUAAAGUGCUAACAUUUUCUGAUUUGAGGACUGUGUCUCUUAACCAGUUUUUUAAAAAAAAAAUAGAACUUCUGUUUCUAACAGUGCAUGUCACUUGCAAAUAGUGCAGUUACAGAAAUGACCAAAAAGUUAUGUUGGCCUUUGCUGUGCCUGGAAUUUCAAUGCCAAUCUGUUUCAGUAUGAUGAAUACACAUCCGGAAAAAUAGGAAUUUCCAGUGUUUGUAUGUAGCUUGUGCUUUUGGGCUCAAGUAUACGCCUUGAAAUUCUUUUCCUGCCCUGUAAAUCUUCAAGUUUGUCCAACAAUUUCUGCUGCUUUUACAGAUUAAGUGUACAGUGCACAUUGUUUUCUCUUGUAUUAAAAAUCAGGUGUUUUUAAAUUAUUUAAAAUGUGAAGCAGUCAUUGAAUCAGGUUCACUAUUCGGAAAGAACAUCAGAAUGAAAUUGUGUUACUAUAUUUGCAACUGAUAUUAAUGACUUCAUACCACUGGCAUCUAGCAAAUGACUGGUUAAUUUCAUCAAACAAAAUGUGAAAUGUUAGUUAUAUCAGGAGUUCAGUUACCUAUUCUAAGGCCCAUAUUUGCACAUUAUUUCCAUCUAUGCAUUUAAAGACUGUUUCCUUCAGUAACUGAAUUUGUUUACAAUUGGCACAGGGGUUCAUGCAAGUCUACAAGGAUUUUGCACUGAGAAUCUGAAUUUCAAAUCUGGUGUUGCAUUUACUUUUCCCCAGGUUUCCUUUCAAAGCUCACCAGUGUCACUCUUGCCUUUGCCUCAGGCCCCAAACCUCAACUGAUAGGACCUCUGGAUUUAGCCACUUAAGCGGUUACUGUGUUUUAAUAAUACCAAGUAUUGGUACUACAGAGGCUUUGGGUGUGUGUUGGGGGGAUGGGAGGGAAAGCUAAUGAAUGAAAAGGAAAAAUUACUUCCUGAACAGAAUAACAAUGAAAGAACUUUUCCUGUCAGGAGGCAAUUCAACAGUGCUGCCUUCAGAAACAGCAUGUCAGAAAGCAAGCUGUAAGGAACAACUUUGGAAGCUGCUGAAGUUUGUGACUCUUAGUGUAAGAAAAAAACCUGCCUUUUUUGAGCCAUUUUCAGCGAAUGGUGUAGCAUUUCACUGCUUCAGCAUAACACUGACAUGAGUAAGCUAUUUGGAUGGAUAUUAUGGACUGAUUCAGUAUUAGCUGAAAUUUUCUCAGUGUAUACACUUAAGACCGUGCAAGAUAGUUUAAUCUCACUGCUUGUCUAUAAAUCUGUUAUACUUGCUCUGCUUAAUGGGACCAUCUAAAAUUGUUUUCUGUUGUAGUUGCUCGAAUUAUCCAUUCGAGAUAAUGCUGCUGCUGGGACCAUAAUCAAGUUGCUGGGGUUUUUUUGUUUUAUAGCAGCUGGAAGAAGGCUCUAGGCCUUUGUUGACCCAGAUAACUCUAUUGGUUGCAAGCAAUUUCCUACAUGGUUGAAAAUGCAGGCUGUUCUGAAAUGCAAGAUCUGUAUUAAUUCAAAAUUAGUUCAGUCUGGAAUUAAGUCUGCGUUUCAGAUGAAUGCAAGUUGAAUAAAACCCUGAUUUUUAUUUACCUACACAGUAGUGAUACAUUUUAAUUCACCACACUAUACAAGAUCAGUUAAAUUUCUUAAUCUGUAAAGCACUUUGUCAUUUGUCUUGUAGAUGGUGAUUGGAAUGCACUCUGCUCUGCCAGCCUCCCUAAGACACUGUAUACCUGUGUUUUUUCUUCAACACAAUAAUCAUUGUUUAAAUUUUAUUUCAUGUGGAAAAAUUACUCAAGAACAAGUUUGUAAUUUUACAAUCAAGAAGUACUUUCUCGUAAUUGGAAUGAGGUGAUAAUGGUUUUCCAAUUUUGUAUAAAUAAUUGGGUUUUAAUGUUUGCAUUUGCUACGUUUUUCUGUAAAUCUACUAGGAAGGUACUAAAUGUUUUUUCUUAAUUCCUGACCUUGUGUUCAAAGAUGUUUACUGUUUACCAAAUUUUAUUAAUCUUAAAAGAGUACAUGAGUACUCUUCCAAAGUGCAUCUGAAUUUGAGGUUAACUAAAAUUGGAGGAAUGGUUAUAUUGGUUUAUGAGGAUCUGAUGUUAAGCUAGUGAUUUAAUUGUAUUUAAUGAAAUUCUGGUUUGGUUUUUAGAUUUUUAAUUCACUGACAAUGUGCCUUUAACUAAAUUGUGUCAAAAAAAUUAAUGAAUGUAGGAGUAUAAAAAGGUUGGUCAGUUCCUGCUAUCUCAGAUUCUAUAUCCUUAAACUUGAUAGUGUGAAAUGAUGACAUAGUUCUCAUAAAACCCUUCCAGGUCUGGCUUUGAUUGCACAAUUACAGUAGCUACUUCUUAACUGAUGAUGAUGCUAAAUCAAACGAAGGGCACUUUCUAUUAAUGACUACUUUUUCAAAAAUGUCUUGUAUUUACGCUUGAGCUGUAUUUACACUUUACAGCAAUGUCUUUUGCAGGCCAGGGUUUUGCAUAUCACAGGAAGCCUUAGUAUGCAACUCUGUGCUGUGCUUUAAAAUAAAAAUCUUUCAAGAAGUAUAUGAGAUCUCUAUGGAAAUCUGGAUUUAUUUUUGUGUAAAGCCCAAAAUAUUGUCCAGGCGAACUAAUUUUCUAUUUUUUUUGCAUUUUGUAACUUAAUCUAGUUGCUGAUACGUAUUUCUAGCAUAUUUCUGGAGACCAAAACAUGUCAGAAAAUAAAUAUAUGGAGAGAGACUGUUUAAAUUGUGAUGAAUGUACUUCUAUUUAUUUUGGUGAGUGGGUGUGAUGCAAUAUUAAAGUGUUAGUGUGUAAAUAAGGGUGCUUCUAGUUCUAGCCAAUGAUUUUUAUUUGGGGAUAUCAGUUGUGCACAAUGUCUUUUUACACAAUGUGACAAAUCAGGUUAACUCUUACUCUAACAGCUUAUCUGUUUUCUGGUGUUGUCAAAAAAGUGUAUACUUUUGCGCUAACACCAAAUGCAUAUGGAAGUUUUGCAGAGUAUGUAUACAAUAAAUUUACAGGCAUUAAACACUUUACUGCUA